UGCUCACUUGUCUUUGCCAUAUCUAUUCCAUUGAUCAAAAAAGUUAUUUGCAUGGAUAGGGAAGAAGAGCCUGAAUCUGUUGACUGGAGAGGGAGGCCUUCCAAGCCCAUUCGCCACGGCGGCAUGACCGCUGCUCUCUUCGUCUUAGGGCUUCAAGGCUUCGAGAUGAUGGCGGUGGCCGCAGUCGGCAACAACCUGAUCACGUACGUCUUCAACGAGAUGCAUUUCCCUCUCCCCAAAGCGGCCAACACCGUCACCAACUUCGUCGGCACCAUUUUCCUCCUCUCCUUGCUCGGAGGAUUCCUCUCCGACUCCUACCUCGGCAGCUUCUGGACCAUGCUCGUGUUCGGCUUUGUCGAGCUCUCGGGCUUCAUCCUCCUCUCGGUCCAGGCCCAUGUGCCUGGACUCCGGCCAGAGGCCGGAGUCCAGGCCUCUGGGUACAAGGCCCUCAUUUUCUACGGGGCCUUGUACCUGGUGGCACUCGGGAGCGGGUGCUUGAAGCCCAACAUCAUCUCCCACGGAGCUGAUCAGUUGGGAAAGCAUCAAACUAAAAAGCUCUCCACUUUCUUCAACUGCGCGUAUUUCGCCUUUUGCAGUGGAGAGCUUGUAGCCCUCACUGUGCUUGUGUGGGUGCAGACGCACUCGGGGAUGGACGUCGGGUUUGGAGUCUCUGCUGCUGCAAUGGCUGUUGGCCUCAUCUGCUUGAUCUCCGGCUCGUCCGCUUACAAGAACACUCCCCCUAAAGGAAGCAUAUUCACCCCCAUUGCUCAGGUGUUUGUUGCAGCAAUUUGCAAGAGAAAACAGAUAUGUCCAUCAAAUCCAAACAUGCUCCAAAGCCACCUCUCCAUCCACACACACAAGUUCAAAUUUCUCGACAAGGCGGCUUGCAUCAACGGGAGCGAUGAGAGCCCGUGGCGCCUCUGCACCGUCUCUCAGGUGGAGCAGGUCAAGAUCUUGCUCUCUGUCGUCCCAAUAUUCGCGUGCACGAUCAUCUUCAACACCAUCCUCGCUCAGCUCCAGACCUUCUCCGUCCAACAGGGGACUUCCAUGAACACUCACCUCACUCCAAAUUUCCACAUCCCUCCAGCCUCCCUCCAGGCCAUUCCCUACAUGAUGCUCAUCUUCGUCGUCCCUCUAUACGAGACUGCAUUCGUCCCUCUUGCAAGACGAAUCACUGGGAAGGACUCCGGGAUAUCCCCAUUGCAGAGAGUCGGGACAGGGCUAUUCGUCGCCACUUUCUCCAUGGUUGCUGCAGCCAUCAUUGAGCAUAAGAGGAGAGUGUCGAGCCAGACGCUCUCCAUUUUCUGGAUAGCGCCGCAGUUCCUCAUCUUCGGCCUCUCAGAGAUGUUCACGGCCGUGGGGCUGAUCGAGUUCUUCUAUAUGCAGUCGAUACAAGGGAUGCAGUCGUUCUUGACGGCCAUGACAUACUGCUCUUACUCGUUCGGGUUUUAUCUCAGCUCCCUUUUGGUUUCUUUAGUGAACAGAGUGACCUCAACCGGGUCGAAAGGCGGGUGGCUCAGCAACAAUGAUUUGAACAAGGAUAGGCUUGAUCUGUUCUACUGGAUGCUGGCUGCACUCAGCCUUGUCAAUUUCUUCAACUUUCUCUUCUGGUCAAGAUGGUAUUCUUCUGGUCAAUCUCCAGCACUGAGUAAUAGUAGUAAUACUAAUGCCCAACUUGAGCAAGAGAUAGAAAAGCAGAACAGUUUAGCAAACUACAAUAGUUGAUGAUCCAUUUCUUGUCUUUCUUUUAUUUUUGUGCCAUUGACUAGUGGACUAGGAAAAGAAGCUCAGAAUACCAUGUAUUGUAAUCCCUACUAGGCCAAAGCUGCCAAAGCUGCUUUAUGAAUAUUGUAUCUUGUUCC